UAAGCCGCUGCAGAACACCAUGAAGCAGCUGCCAGUCUUGGAGCCUGGAGACAAGCCCAGGAAAGCAACAUGGUACACGUUGACCCCCGCUGGAGACAGCCCAUGUGCUCGGGUUGGCCACAGCUGCUCGUAUUUACCCCCCGUUGGUGAUGCCAAGAGAGGGAAGGUCUUCAUUGUUGGGGGAGCAGAUCCAAACAGGAGCUUCUCCGAUGUGCACACCAUGGACCUGGAAACACACCAGUGGGACUUAGCCACCUCGGAGGGCCUCUUGCCCCGGUAUGAGCAUGCCAGCUUCGUUCCCUCUUGCACACCUCACAGCAUCUGGGUGUUUGGAGGUGCCAACCAGUCAGGAAAUCGAAACUGCCUACAAGUUCUGAAUCCUG